AUGACAGAGUCCAACCCCCUAUCCAGGAGUACGUUCCACCAGAACCAAGACUGUGCUACAGAGAGGCCAGCCUCUGCCACCCCGUUUUUCUGGUCCGUCGAGGCCCCUUACCUUCACCACCUCAGCAUAGGCAGCGCACCCGACCCCAUCGGUUUCCCUCCCACAGGGGUGAUCCAUGUGAUGGAGAUGGGUGCCAAACCGCCUGCAUCUCUUUUGGAGGGAAUCUGGCUUCCAUCCGCUCAGCAGCAGAACAUGCAUUCCUCAAAGACUUCAUUGUCAGAGCGACCGGUACCCACAAAACCACCUGGAUCGGAGGCCAUGACUCAGUCAAGGAUCCGAGUUGAGGAUGUGUGGCGGUCUCUCCUGACGUGUUGGGGCCUGUUGCUCAGAGAGUCAGAUCUCCAGAAGCAGAGGGAACUGCUCACACCCAAGGAGCCCCGUUUGGGGAUCAGUGUGUACGGGAGGGAGGCUGACGAGGACCGGCCGAAGCUGGAGCAGGGUGUUCUGAUCAAUGUCCUCAGUCUUUCUGAUUCUGUGUGUCUCUGUCUGUCCAGCGGACUGCUGGCUGCAUACGGUGCCGCCCCCUGCCCUUCUGGUUGGACCCAGUUUGGCUCUCGUUGUUUCGGUUUCUACAACCAGCCAAAGACCUGGGCCAAUGCAAAGACCGCCUGCAUCUCUGCUGGAGGGAAUCUGGCUUCCAUCCGCUCAGCUGCAGAACAGACAUUCGUCAGAAACUACAUUAAACAAGUGACCGGUAAAGACAACCAUUGCUUGAUCGGAGGCACUGACGCAGUGAAGGAGGAUACGUGGAUGUGGACCGAUGGAUCCAAGUUCAACUUCAAAAGUUGGAAUAGGGGGGAGCCUAACAACAACGCCGGAGGGGAGAACUGUCUUGUGAUGAACUGGACAAUGGAACGACUGGGCUUGUACCAACCAGACUUCUUUUGCUUGCUCAAAGAACCUGUGUGUGUGACUCUAACACACCAUCAUGAUGCUAUGUCUCCACAUGCUGAUGGUCUGAGUGAUUUAACGGGCUGUGACACCUCUGAUCCUGGGAUGCUUCUUCUACUGAAGGAGUGGAUGUGUUCAGUGUCAUCGGUUUAUUCUUCUCUGUCUCAGCCAAUCGCCACGGCAACAAAGAUGUCCUCAGUCUUUCUGAUCUCUGUGUGUCUCUGUCUGUCCAGCGGACUGCUGGCUGCAUACGGACAAGCUUCCUGUCCUCCUGGUUGGCCUCAGUUUGGCUCUCGCUGUUUCAGUUUCAACAUUGAGCCGAAGAGUUGGCCCGAUGCAGAGCUCUUCUGCCAGACCGCUGGAGGGAACCUGGCGUCCAUCCACUCAGCCGAGGAACACACGUUCAUCAGAAACUACAUUAAGCGAGUGUCCGGUUCAUUCAGACUGGCCUGGAUUGGAGGCCAUGACUCAGUGAAGGAGGGUAUGUGGUUGUGGGCUGAUGGAUCCAAAUUCAGCUACACCAGCUGGGCGGCAGGGCAGCCUGACAACUUUAACGGAGGGGAGCACUGUACAUCCAUAAACUGGGAUUCUAAUGAAGAAAACUGGAACGACGCGGGUUGUGUUGACUCUGCUUCUUUUGUGUGCUCCAAGGACCUGUGUGUGUCACCCUAACACGCCAUCAUGAUGAAUAAAGAAAACGUUGAAAACUCAC